AUGUACAAAAAUGGAAAGAAAUUAAGUUCUUUGGGCAAACUGUUUGCCCGAAAGUACAGUUUAUGCUGUCCACCGCGAGGUCCUUCAAAACCUGGUUGUCAAUGCGGAUGUCCGACAUGCCCAAUGCCCGGACAAGGACCGAAGAUAACGCCCAACCCAUGUUGUCGUCCCAGCAUUAUCCCUCCAAACCCUUGCGUACCUCGCUUUCACCACGAGAAAGAUUCUUGGAAGAAAUAUAAAUUCCUUACGUUCUUUGUUGGCUUUCCUCUUAUAAUAAUACAAGGUUUUAUUUGCUAUAAUCACACGCUGCCUGAAAAAGGAGAAUGUCGGGACUAUGAAUACAUGCGCAUACGCAAUAAAAAAUAUCCAUGGAGGGACGGUGUUCAAUCUUUCUUCCACAACGAUCACGUCAAUCACGUUCCUGGUGAAUGUACUCCUCCACCCUUGGAUUGCGACUAA